AUGAAGAUGUUGCAAGGGAGACUUGCAGACAGUAUGACGGUGCAAUGUCAGCAGCAGCAGAUGCAGCGAGGCUACGAAAUCGGAAUGCAGUUCGGGCAUCAAUUUGCAUGGAGAUUCCAAAGUAGCCGGAUUUGGAUGAUCGUGUUCGCAAUAUGCAGCCUUUUUUUGCGCCAAGCAGAAUCUUACGCUGUGGCAGGGCUUUGUGAGAAAUGUGUGAACAUGGUCUCACAUGAGUGGAUUUUCAGCUUACUUGCGUUUGUGCAGGACAAAAUGCUUGAGAGUUUGCAAUCGAGUUGUGACAACUCAGAAUGCAAAGGCGGGGUGCUAAACACUUUGCAUCCUACUCACCUGGUUUAA